CACAUUUUUAUGGUACAGUAUUAUUACAAUAGGGAGAUACAUAGCUUUCAUCAACAGAAACAAAGACAACAACAGCAACAUUAUCAUAGUAAAAACACAAAAUAAAUCAAAAGCACGAAGCCCCAGUAAAGAAAACUAUUCAAGUUUUCCAUCUUUUAAAGCAGAGAGUGAAAGAAGCCUUUGGAGUCUUUGCAAGAUGCCAUUUUGGCAAACAAGCAAUGGCAAUGGCAAUGCCGCUUCUUCUUCUACUACUACCACUUCUUCAUCUUCGACAUCUUCAAGUUCCAUGAGUAGUAAUAACAGUAAUGGCAAUAAUGGUUGUCAACAGAACCAAAGUAACCAGCUUGGAGAGACAAGAUCGAGUCUUUAUUAUUCGACUAAUGCAAUAUCGUUUGUUACUAAGUCUUUGUUGCCUACUAGAAGAAGACUCAGGCUUGAUCCUCCUAACAAGCUCUUCUUUCCUUAUGAACCAGGUAAACAGGUUAGGAGUGCAAUUGGCAUCAAGAACACUUGCAAGUAUCAUGUAGCUUUCAAGUUCCAAACGACUGCACCAAAGAGCUGUUACAUGCGUCCUCCCGGGGCUAUACUUGCUCCUGGAGAAAGUCUUACCGCAACUGUAUUCAAGUUUGUGGAACCUCCAGAGAACAAUGAUAGACAAAUGGAUCAGAGGAGCAGGGUUAAGUUCAAGAUCAUGAGCUUGAAAGUGAAAGGAGAAAUGGAAUAUGUUCCUGAGAUGUUUGACGAGCAGAAGGAUCAAGUAGCAGUUGAGCAAAUUCUGCGAGUAAUUUUUCUUGAUCCAGAAUGCCCUAGCCCUGCACUGGAAAAACUUAAAAGACAACUGGCUGAGGCUGAAGCUGAGCUUGAGGCACGCAAGAAGCCUCCGGAAGACGCAGGUCCCCGAGUCGUCAACGAAGGACUUGUUAUAGAUGAGUGGAAAGAGCGGAGGGAAAGAUACCUGGCACGCCAGCAGGUUGAAGUUGAUUCUGUGUGAAAGUUCUGUUUCCUUUUCUUGCAAUGUUUUUUCCUUGAGCUGAGGUUUCCUUCAUACAAUGUUGAAUGCUUUGUCCCUUUGUCCAUUGGCGGAGGAGGAUGUGUGAUCUGUUCUUUUAGGAAUGUAGACAUAAAAAUUUGUGAAGCAGGAUUUAUCAGGGUAAAAAAAAGGCAUUUUGUUAUGCCAUAUUAAGCUGUAUUUGGUUUAAGGCACCUAAUACUGCACUUGUGCCCUAUUUGUUGUAGAUAUGGGAUUUUGAUUAACAUUGAAUUAUUUAAUUCUCUGUUAGCAA